CUCGCGAGAUUACGGCCAGAGGCUCCUGUUCGCUGGCUCUGGAACCGCGACCAGUGGAACCUCAGCGGGCGCUGCAGCUGGAGCGAUACUCCCGCGGCGCAGUCUAGAGUCGGCCCGGUGGGGGAGAGGGUGCAGGGGGAGCGUGGUGGUCGCAGCCUCGAGCCCCGGAGCGUGCCCUUGCCCUCAGCCGGGCUCGCUCCCCGUCGCUGAGGCGCUUCCAGCAGCUGCGGCUGACAGGGGCCGCGCGGGCGCGGGACUCGGCGGGGUCGCGUCUGCCGCACCUGCGCCGCCUGCCAGCGCCGGGUCCCCGCCCGGCCAGGCGGGCGACGAGGGCCGGGGAGCCGGUGCGGGCGCAGGCGGGGCCCCUUAGGGCCACCUCCUAGCCCCGCGGCCGCCGCUGGAAGAUGUCUCAGGAGAGGCCCACGUUCUACCGGCAGGAGCUGAACAAGACAAUCUGGGAGGUGCCGGAGCGUUACCAGAACCUGUCCCCGGUGGGCUCCGGUGCCUAUGGCUCCGUGUGUGCUGCCUUUGACACAAAAACUGGGUUACGUGUGGCAGUGAAGAAGCUCUCCAGACCGUUUCAGUCCAUCAUUCAUGCCAAAAGGACCUACAGAGAACUGCGGUUACUUAAACAUAUGAAACACGAAAAUGUGAUUGGUCUGUUGGAUGUUUUUACACCUGCAAGGUCUCUGGAGGAAUUCAAUGAUGUGUAUCUGGUGACCCAUCUCAUGGGAGCAGAUCUGAACAACAUUGUGAAAUGUCAAAAGCUUACGGAUGACCAUGUUCAGUUCCUUAUCUACCAGAUUCUCCGCGGUCUCAAGUAUAUACAUUCAGCUGACAUAAUUCACAGGGACCUGAAACCUAGUAAUCUAGCUGUGAAUGAAGACUGUGAGCUGAAGAUCUUAGAUUUUGGACUGGCUCGACAUACAGAUGAUGAAAUGACAGGCUAUGUGGCCACUAGGUGGUACAGGGCUCCUGAGAUCAUGCUGAACUGGAUGCAUUACAACCAGACAGUUGAUAUUUGGUCAGUGGGAUGCAUAAUGGCCGAGCUGUUGACUGGAAGAACGUUGUUUCCUGGUACAGACCAUAUUAACCAGCUUCAGCAGAUUAUGCGUCUGACGGGGACCCCCCCUGCUUAUCUCAUUAACAGGAUGCCAAGCCAUGAGGCAAGAAACUACAUUCAGUCUUUGACCCAGAUGCCGAAAAUGAACUUUGCAAAUGUAUUUAUUGGUGCCAAUCCCUUGGCGGUGGACUUGCUGGAGAAGAUGCUUGUACUGGACUCAGACAAGAGAAUCACAGCGGCCCAAGCACUUGCACACGCCUACUUUGCCCAGUACCAUGAUCCUGAUGAUGAACCAGUGGCUGAUCCUUAUGAUCAGUCCUUUGAAAGCAGGGACCUCCUUAUAGAUGAAUGGAAGAGCCUGACCUACGAUGAAGUCGUCAGCUUUGUGCCCCCACCCCUUGACCAAGAAGAGAUGGAAUCCUGAGCACCUGGUUUCUGUUUUGUUGAUCCCACUUCACUGUGAGGGGAAGGCCUUUUCAUGGGAACUCUCCAAAUAUCAUUCAAGUGCCUCUUGUUGCAAAGAUUUCCUCCAUGGUGGAAGGGGUGUGUGUGUGCGUGCGUGUGUGUGUGUGUGUGUGCGCGUGUGUGUGCGUGUGUGUGUGUGUGUGCGCUCCUGUGCGUGUGCAUGUGUGUGUCUGUCUCUGUGGGGGGUGGGGGGUGGGGGGUAAGAGAAUAUGAGCAAACUAUGAUCACAGUGACUUCAUGUGGGGUUCCAGAAGCUCUGUGGCAGCCACUGCUUGCUCUUUGUGAGAGUCAGCUCAGGCAGGCGAGAGCUGCCCUCUGGUUAGGGUUUGUCAAAUGCAAAGUAAAAAAUAUUAAACGUCCCAGAUCCCAGCCAUGCUUUUGCCAUUUUGGCCUCUCCUGUGGCCCCGCCUUGCGGUGGGGGGUAGACGUGCCUGCAUCCCACAGUGGCACAGAGAAGGGGCUCACACUUUCUGGCUGCUUCAGAAGCCGUCCCUCAGUGACACACGCAGCCGAAAAGGACCAACUGGCUUCUGUGCGCUAGUCUGUGAUUGACUUUGCUUAAUAUGAGUCUCAGAACUCAGCAGGUAUGUCUGAAACUGUAAAUAUGCUUGUGCCUUAAAAGGAGAGAAGAAAGUGUAGGCAGUUCGAGAGCGCGGCAGAUGAACAUUCUGAGCCAGGCAAGUAGUCAGGUUGUUGGACGGCCACUCGUGAACCCAAAGUAACCAGGGAGCCCCUGGAGGCAUCGUGUGUGCAUGUGCGAGCAUGCGUGUGUGUGUGUGUGUGCUUCUCUCCCCCUCACCCCCCCCCAGGUGUUGCCCUCUCUCUGCUCGCCCCCGACCUUCAGUGCCAAGGUCUCACGCAUAUCGGCCCCAGCAGGCAGAAGCCGGUUCUUGCUGUCAGUGUACUUCCUGUGUGCUCUUUAUUCCCAGCAGAGUGAUGAUGUGUUUUGCACGUCUUGCUAUUUGAGCAUGCACAGCUGCUUGUCUGUUCUCUUCGGGAGGCCCUGGUGCCUGGCAGGUUUGCCGGUGAAGACUUCUUGGGUAGUUCAGAGCCCACGUCACCUCGGCCGAUGCCACGGGCAGGUGACAUCCUCUCUCCAGUCCCAGUGCUAUUUUGUGUUGAACACAAUUGAUACUCUAGGUGCUUUUGAUGUGAAAACUAUGAAGAAAUGGAACAGAUGGGUGGAUAGCAUUUUCACUCUUGCCGUCUGGUUUUUGACAAACUAUUUAUAGGGAACCGUCACGGGAAAGAUCAGGGCUCUUCCCGGGAAUAUCUCAGACUUUGAAAAACAAAUUGUUCUCUUCACUCCCAAUAGCCAAUGCUAAGAAAUGCUGAAAAUCAAAGUGAAAAAUAAAAACUCAUGAGGCCAGAAACUCCUUUCGCUAUCUUUGUCUAAACGUGGUUAUUAGAGAAGUAACGAGGUGUCUUUUCCACCCGUCUUUGGGAGAGGGUCUUCUUGGCAGCUUUACAUUGAAAUCUUGGUCUUGGUUUGGGGAGAAAAAGAUUUUGUUUCAGAAUUUUGUAUAUUGCAGGAAUCCUUUGAGAAUGUGAUUCCAUUUGAUGGGGAGAAAGGGCAAAUUAUUCUAAUAUUUUGUAUUUUCAACUUCAUAAAGAUGAAAUAUCCUCAGGGGUAGAGAAGAGUUGCUUCCUUAAUUUUCUGAAUUUCAGGCAUCUUGUGCCCCCUAAGGGCCCACGUAUUUAAACCUUUUGUGAAAUAAGAAAGCGUAAAGCCACUUCCACUGUUGGUGGUGCGACAAAAUCUUGUAUUUGGGACAAGGUGUAUCCAUUUCUGUAUCGCAGUGCCGUGGCGCAUGCCCUCCGGAGGGACGGGGAGCUCCCCUGAGUCAGCUGUGGAGCGAGAAGGAAGGAGGCAGGCUGAUGGGUGACCGCACCUCACCUGAGAUUCUCCCCCUCUUUAAAGAAAAAUGGACACAAAGGCCUCAUCUCCUUUAUGUGCAGUUCAAAUCCUCACAAUCCACAACAAGAUGAAUUUUAUCGGCCGUGUCUGAUUGUAAAUGCUAGUGUGAUUUCCUGAAGAAAUACUGCUCUGAGUAUUUUUCAUAAAGGUCUUUGCACAUGUGAUUGUGUAUGUGUUAGGAGUCUGAAUAUGCUCCAGGAGCCUGGACUCGGCCGGAGCCUUGGAACAGCUCGUUGGUUUCUGAGCAUCAGGCUCCCAUCUCCUGAUUUCUCUGAACAGAAAGCAAAAGAGAGAAUGAGGGAAACUGCUAUUGUAUUUGUAUUCAUGAACUUGGCUGUAAUCAGUUAUGCCGUAUAGGAUGUCAUACAAUACCACUGGUUAAAAUAAAGCCUAUUUUUCAAAUUUA